AUGUCGAAGCGACCAGAGGCGCAUUUGCAGCCUUUCCUGACACACGACGGAAACAACGUCAACGGGACGAUUCAGGUGCGAAAAGAAACACAGAAAUGGCGAAAGAGCUUGUAUAUGUUUGUACUACUAGGAAUUGCAGUCCUCUGCAUCAACACCGGCUUCCUAGUUUGGGCACUGCGUACAAAAGGUGCGACAAACGGUGUUGGCAUACUCUACGAAGCAACCUGCGAUUACACCAAGAAGGUUAACAUUGGUGUACAUUUGCUCAUCAAUAUUUUAAGCACCGCGAUUCUAGGUGCGAGUAAUUAUUGCAUGCAAUGUCUUUCAGCUCCCACCCGAUCUGAAGUCGAAGACGCACAUCAUAAAGGGAACUGGCUCGACGUCGGUAUACCUAGCAUGAGAAACAUAAUGUCGUCUAGUUUUGGAACGCGCAAGAAGAUUUGCUGGUGGGUUCUGGGACUGUCUUCGUUUCCCUUGCAUCUCUGCUACAACUCGGUAGUCUUCAUGUCCACCUCAGCCCAGACAUACGGAGUCAUUGAAUUUGGCCCUGAGGCAAAGGCCGCGAUAGAAAACGGGACUUUCAAUGGCACAAUGAACAGUACUUAUACGGGUGGUUAUACCAGCAACCCGUAUGUAAACGGUCAACUCUACUCAGAAGCUUUCAAAUCAGGACGGCUUCAGAACCUCACGCUCCGCGAAUGCAUCGAUGCUUACAGUGUUAAUUUCCAAUCAGCAAGAGGCAAUAUCUUCCUUGUCGUUGACGAAGGUGUCAUGGGAGCCGACGAGAUUUACGGCGCAUUCAACUACAUUGAACGCACCGGUACUUGCUCGACUGACACAGGCACGUCAUGGAUCUACAGACAAUUUCAAGGUGAAGCUGGCUAUUGCUUCGAGCAGCAAGCACCUCGCUUCUUGCCUCGACUCAAGGAGAAUCCAUCGAUAUGGGCACCGUUUGCUGGCCACCCAGUGCGAAGUUGCCUCAGCGAGCCCACAGGCCCAACAUGCAAGAUGAGUUUUAGUGUUCAUCUCAUGGCGAUAGUCAUUGCGUUCAAUGUGGUGAAGAUAUGUACCAUUUUAGUCGGUCUCUUCGCUCUUCGCAACGACCCCAUGUUGACGGUUGGAGAUGCAGUGGCAUCGUUUCUUCGCGAGCCGGACACGAUAGCCCACAACAUGUGCCUCGUGUCCCAGCAAGAUAUCCGUACAGCGAGAAAAAAUUGGCCAGCAAAGCAGCAACCGAGGACAUUUACAAUGAACUCUAGCAGAUGGUCUUCAGCAGUCAAGAGGGGAAAGCGAUGGACCGUUCGUAUCGCCCUAUUCAUGGGCAUCUGCGUCCUGAUCUUCCUCUUCGCCUACGCCUACAUCUCAAUCAACGGCGACAACAGCCUCAGCAGUAUCCUCGGCAUCGGUCUUGGCAACGUCGAUCCACGCACCAUCGUGCAAAACGGCACUGCCUCGUCCGGCCUCCUUGGCGUCUUCUCAAACGUCUUUGUAGCAAACUCUCCUCAAGUAAUCAUAUCCCUCAUUUACUUCUCUUACAACGCCGCCAUCACGUCGAUGCUGCUUGGAGACGAGUGGUCCGCGUUCUUUACUCGGUACAAGCCACUCCGCGUUUCGACGACUCGCCGCGGACACCAGCGCAGCACGUAUUUCCUGCAGCUUCCGUAUCGUUAUGCAUUGCCGCUGCUGGGGUUCUCGACGCUGCUGCACUGGCUGGCGUCGCAAAGCUUGUUCGUGGUCUCGGUAGAGUUGUAUAAUAUGCACGGCGACUUUAUUUCUCUAUCGUUUUCGCCACUCGGUAUCUUGCUUUCGAUAAUCGUCGCUCUCGUUUUGGCGAUUGGUAUAUUUAUCUUGGGUAGGAAGAAAUUGAGUCCUGCUCCCCUGGUGGGAUCUUGUAGCGCUGCGAUUGCAGCAUCUUGUUAUGCAAGGCCGUAUGAAGUUGCGCCCUGGGAGAAGGAACUCAAGUGGGGUGCUUUCAUGUUGCAGGGUGAUCAGCAGUAUUUUCCUACGCCGCAUUGCGGUCUCUCGAGUCUUGAGGUUUCUCAGCCUAUUGCUGGGCAGCAGUACUCUUAG